GCCUUCCCCACCCCUCAGUCCCCUCGCUGAAAUCAAUGCGAGCAGCCUGAGCUUUGCAUGAAGCUGGAAACAUAAAUAAAAGUACAUAUUAUACCAUAUGUUAAGCUGCGUCAGCUGCAUUGCGCUUGCCUGAAGUCUGAGCUGAAUGCAUCAAUAAUAAUUUGUAGAACAGUUUUAAAUCACUAAAAUGUCGUCCUCCGGCGAUGAAAGAAUCACGGACGAGGUGCAAGCAUUAGAAGCAAUUCUACUGAAAGAUGUGGUAGUAAAACGCGUUGGAGAUGUCCCAAAAUACAUAAUUGAAACGAUCAUCCAUCCGUUGACGGGGGAUAAUAUCGAUCAGCAAUAUGUAUGUGUGACUCUGGAGGUGGGGUUGUCUUCUGGCUAUCCAGACACCAGCCCAGAAGUAGCGCUCAAAAACCCUAGAGGUCUAGAUGAUAUGAUUUUAGACACUAUCAACACACAUAUUCAAGACAAAUUGAAAAAUAAUUUGGGACAACCAAUAGUGUUUGAACUUAUUGGAAUUGUACGUGAUCAUCUGACUAAGAGCAAUCUUCCUCGUGGCCAGUGUGUCAUAUGCCUAUAUGAUUUUGUCGAUGGUGAUUUGUUUAUAAAGACGCAAUGCUAUCAUUACUUCCACAAUCAUUGCCUUGCAAACCAUUUCAUCGCUGGCAAGAAAUAUUAUCACGAGGAACUUGAGAAACUACCUACUUGGCAACAGAUGCAAGUGCCACCUUACCAGCAAACAUGCCCGGUGUGUCGUUGCACGGUAUCAUGUGACGUGGACACUUUAAAGGAGGCUCCCCCACCAAAGAGCUCCCUGUCGGCACCACCGUUCCGCUUGACAGCUGAACUAAAAGAACUCCAAAUGAAGAUGGCCGAACUGUUAGCUGUGCAAGUUGCUAAGGGCGGGGUCGUCGGUAUGGGCGACAAUGGGCCCCCCCUGCUGACCAUCACAACCACACCCACUACUGACAACGCAUCCCGGAACAAUGUGGCCGGGUCGUCGCGCGACGCGCAGCCCGGGGCGGGCGCGGGGGGAGCGCGCCACAGCGGGGGCGACGCCGCCGCCGCCGACACGCAGCCUCGCCCGCCCUACCGCGGACCGUACAGAGGAUUCAACCGCCGCGGGAAGCCGGGCCGUCGCGGGCGGGGUGCGCGGUGACCCGUCCCCGCCCCGCACGCGUCCCCCUCCGCCUAGCCUCGCCCCCUCGCCCAACGCGAUACCUCCGACCAUCGACUCUAUCAUUCGCGCCCUAAACGUACCCAAGACAUACUUACGCGUUUCUUCAAUUCGAAAUUUAAAUAUGCGGAUGUAACGAAUAAGAAUCGAUACGUCAUGCCAACCUUUCGAAUAUCAUCGGUCGCGGUGAACGUCUGUCGACUGUGUCACGAAUUAUUUAUCUAUCGAUAUUUUCUCUCGUUGCCUUGCACUAUUGUGCGCGUUUAUACAACUGCCAAAUUGAUUUUCAACAUACAAACGAGUGAUAAUUACGGAUUGAAUCGAAUAAAUUUUAGAAAUUUUAUCGAUUUCGGGUGUAUGAAUGAAGUUAUUUGUCAAAAUUACUGGCGUGCCGAAUUCGGUCUUCCGACUUAUGUGAUUAACAGUUUUUAUAAUGUUAUCCGAAUUUUAAGUGCAAUUUUGCAUCGAAAUCUCAACAGAGCGAUCGAGACUGUAAAAUUGGCGAUCGAUUGUUUAUGGUGGAAAUCGAUUUGUUUAUCCCUAACGUUUUGUACUCGUGUUGCUCUCGUUCGAAUCGAUCGACGGCGUAAAACAAACACGCUCAUUGCGCAUCGCUGUGUUCGGAAGGUUGCCUUAAAUUUCGAAUGUACACAAAGAACUGUCAAACGUGUUCCUUCAAAAUCGAAUCGGAUUAAAGUAUUAAAAAAUACCGUUAAAUUUUAUACGACAGUACUGGAGAUAGUGUUGCUCAAUAAUAUAAUAUCGAAUGUAUUUCGAAUGAAUUUAUUAUUUAUACCAUAUUAUUAUUAUAUAGUAUCUGACGCAAAUUCGGAGAUAUCAUUGAAUACAGGGUCCCAUCCGACAUGUUGUUAAUUUAUAAUAUAAUUUACAACUAUUCAACGGUACAACAAUCAUAGAUUGUGUGCCGAUAGUGUUAUAUUUAAUUAUAAGAUUUUUGAACGCACAAUUUUGUAACAUCACCUAACCAUUUUUGUAUCGAGCUAUAGGAACUAUCAGCGAGUUCAAAAUAGGAAUUAAUUUUGAGACUAACCAUUAUUAAAAUUCGAAUUUUAUAAUCUUCCCUGAGUGUAUAUUGUAAUAUCAUAAUAUGUCCUAUAAUAUUCAUAUUAUGCUGAUGAACCAGAAAUUGUCUUUAAUUUAAAUUAAAAUCUUUUCAGCUAUGCUGUUCAAAAUUUUUUACACCUAUAGGUCAGAAUGGUUCUGUCCGUGUUGUAUAUGUGUAUAAUAUUAUAUGAUGAUUAUAAUAUGUAUAUUAUAGUAGAGCGCGCGUCACGUAAAAAGAACGCUGGAAGAAAGUGGAGGGGGUGUGUUUGCGCAUGGAUACACUCGCGCACGAAAAUACUAAGUACUUUUGUUUUAUUUUUGAAGUAAUCUUUCGCUCGCGGCUUCGUAUAUUGGUUAUUGGUAUGUACAGUUUAGUAGUUGUGUACUCUUGUAGCUGUAUGCAGUUACAUCUUACAGGAGAGCGCAGAAAAAUAUCAUAAGUUUGAAGUUAAAGUAGUUUAUGAAAGUUAAAGUUUAGGUAAAGUUAUAAAGAUGAUAAUUUCUCUUGAUGUGAAUUGUACGAUUCUUAGUGAUGCACUCUCUUGACUGUAAUUAAAUUCAUAUUAUAUUAUUUGUUGUCACGCGGCAAAAAGUGGAUCGCGUCGCGAGUAAGCAUGACGUUCUGGUACUGGUCGGCAUUCCUUAACUAUAAUAAAAUUGUACGGUGGUAAGAUCGUACAUGGUAGGUACAUUCAAAAUAAUAUAUUAGAUAGAAUUUUAUGAAAUAGAAUUAAAAACAUGUUUAAUUUCUGCGUAUAAUGUUUAAUCUGAAUACGAACAGACAGACAGACAGACGGACGGACGGACGGACAACAAAGUGAUCAAAGGGUUCAAUUUUUUCCUAUUGAGGUACGGAACCCUAAAAAUUAAAUUAGACUCGGGAACAUUUUGUUGCCACUGCGGUCCGUUUCAUGCAUUAUUUCAAAUUUUUAACUGCAUUAUUAUCAGCCUCUUUCUUCAUAAAACAAUAUACGUCAUAAAUAUUUUUUUUCACUUUUCUGUGUAAAACCUUUUUGUAAUUAAAACUUAUGUGCGCGAUAGUAUUUUGAGAACGAACGUAACGUAAAUCCAGCGCGGAAAGCAAAGGUCGACUGACGAACCAAUAGCACGCCCGCCCCGCGCCGCACCUCAUUCCACCAAAUACAUCGAUAAAUAGGCUAGUGCGCAGCUUGACCGCCAGCGUUCUUUUUAAGUGACGCGUACUCUAUCAUAUCUAUAGAAAAAAAAAUAUUUCUACCCUAUUUUUGUUUUAAAUUUUCCUAUUUGAAAGUAGCUUAGUUUUUAAAUGCCUAUUUGUUAUAAUUGUGUUUUUGUGAUGUUUUUUUUUAUUCCUUAAAUUUCGAAAUAUGUAUUAUACUUCCAAACAUUAUUAUGUAUAAAUUUUAGUCGAUUAUCUACGUUAAUUUGAACCCUUAAAAUGGUAUUGCGAAUACAGAUAAACCAAUGUUAUUCCACAAACAAUAUUUCAAAUGGAUAAUAUUUAAAUGAUUUAAAAAACAAACAGAGAUUAUUAAUCUCUCAACACUAUGCUUAGUACUGUUGUGUGUUUUGGGUACGUUGAAGUGCUUACAUUUCACUCUGUUACAUAUAGUUUUCUUAUAUUUCAGACGGCUCUAUGCGUUUAGUUUUUAUUAAGUAGCCAAUGUGUUACGGCAAAAAGACAUGUGUGAUCUUAAUAAUACAUAUAUCAUUGACUGUGACAGAUUCCUAGUCAGCGUAGCAUGAUUUUGAGAUUUUAUUUAAAAUUAUUAUUUUUAUAUAAAACACUAGUGUUAAUUGGCCUACAUUAUUACUGACAUUGUUAUUGCACUCAUUGGCCAUCGAACUUAACCUAUUUAAUGUUAAGUGGUCAUCGGCGCCUGUAGACAUAACGACCGCCACCGUUCACCUUGAAGUUGAAGUUUCUAUUACAUUGUACUGUCUCAUCCUUGAAACCGCAACGUAUGGCUUUGAGGCGUUUGAGACAGCUUUGACGUCAUCCUAAAGUCUCAUUUGUCUUGUAUAGCCGUAUCCUUCAAACUUCUGCUGUUUUGCUUCAUUGGCAGAACGAGGGUACUUAUGGUGCACGUUCGUAAUACGCCUACCCUCCGAAAAAAAAUAUUGUUGCAAAGACUGGCGAAAGCCACUUUUCGGAUAACCGGACUUAUUGUCAUACGUAAAAUUCUAGUAAAUAUUCACCUACACAAUUUGACCAAUAAUAUAUACGGACGUGCUCAGAAGGCCACAUAUGCUUACAUAGACACAGGAACGUAUUAGUAAUGCUCUCGUCACCUCGUAAAGCUGUGGCAUGUCGCUGACACUAGAUGGCGCUGCUUAUCGUCCUACGGCUCAACGCAGACGUGUAUCGGAAAAGAUUCAUACUGCGACUUCUGUGCGUAAAGUGAGAGUUGCUAAAAAUAAUUUAAAUGACUUCAUCAGCGCGCUUUUCAAGCUAUCAACUUAUGAGUUGUGUUUCAGUAACGUGUAUCCCGUUGUAAAAAUAUUUAAAAUCGUAAUCAUAAAAUAUUUGAAAUGGUCAAUAACUUGCGUUACCGUUCUCACUUUCUCGUGCGUUUCGAUGACGAAGAAGAAGUACCUACAUAUUCGUCCUAACGCGUCAUGUUUAUGACAGUGUUUCUACCUCAAAUUAUAGUUUACCAUAUUGCGAAAGAAUAAACAGAAAAACUCGCACUAGAAACACUUGCGCUUUGCUUCAUAGAGAAUUUGUGUUGAUGGUAAAAAAAAAGCUUGAUGCUAAGCGAUAACCGGGGUUCAUUAACUAAAAUCAGAGCCUUUUUCUUUCGUUAGUCUAAAUGGCAGUAUGGCCAUAAAUCCUGAGCGAGAUCGAGCUAAAAAAAAAAUUAUUACAAGCGAACACAAUGCGAAAUCCUAAUGUUGUAUAAUAAUGUUGGCCAACAUAACAAUAAAUAUUAUUUUCAACGAGUAUUCGUUGUUUAAGGAAAAUCGACGUGCGACUGUUUUUUUAUUUAUUAAUUUAAUUUAAAAAAUAAGUUUGUGAUAGUUUAUUUUGUUAUAAAAAAAAAUAUGUUGUUUUUAUUUGUUUUUUAGUAGCAGCUGCAUAGAAAUAGCUAAUGAAAGGUCUUAGGCUGUAUAAUUCAUAAUUCAUUGCUUCGUGUUAAUUUAUUGGCGGUUUUUAAAUGAAUUUUAAAACAGGUAGGCUAAAGCAAGAAGACGUAUAUUAUUUUGGUGAACCGGAAAUAUUUAUUUAAUCCACAUUUAACACAUUUCUAAUUGUUAAAUUCGAGAUUUCCUUACCGUAACUGAAUACAUGCAGUUAUUAAAAUUUGCAACGGCCGUCAUUAUGUUUAUUUAAAAAAAAAACAAUUUUUUUCUCGAAUAAAAUUCGUAUGACUGUUUGGGAAUUUCAUUAAAAUGUUUAAUAAUUUACGAUACACGGUUGUUCAAAUCUCAUGCUUAUAAGGAGAGUAAAUAAUUGAAGCGUACCUACAUUCAAAGGAAUAUUUUGUCUGCGUUUUUAAAUAUAAACCCUCGCUUAACUACGGAGUUAAUGUAGGCGCGUGAUAAUUUAAUUCCUCAUCUAGCAAUCGUAAUGCCCUCAAUAGUGCUGCAUAAAUUCAUCUUAUUCGCAUUGCUUCUAAGUAACGAAGAUCUGGUCUUAAUAUCAAAUUACCUUCAAAAUUAAUGAAUUAACGGACAUUCCAUAGCGACGUUCAAUGUUAGUUUAGAAAUUAAAAAAAAAAACUUUCACUUACGUACUUAUCGCUUUUGUCAUGUGAAUGUGCAUGUUAAUCGUUUUUUACUUAUAAAAUGUAUUGGCGAAAUAAUUUAGUAGUUUCAUAGUGUUUCGAAGUGUGCUUUCAGAUGUCUUGUAAGUGUUGCCAGUGCUUCGAUGUGGUAUUAUUUACUGAUUAUAAUGAUCGAUUUGGGUGUGUAUUGGAAAACGCUCAGGACCAGGAGUAAACAAACGUGAGCUGAUGCGGCUUAGUAUGUUUCAAUAAUGAAUAGAACCGGUUCACGGUAUACAGAUCUGCCCAUGGUCAUCACUAGUAACUUAAUAUUCGUGUUGGUGCAAUUUACUUCGUUUAUUAAAAGCACACUUCGAAAAUACACCAUAUUGUAAAAGUUUACGUACAUGACAUAAAACUUAAAAAACGGUAGAAAUUCUUAAAUAUUAUUGUAGUGUUUUAUUAAAAUUAAAAUGGAAUAGUCACAUUGUCGAAUGUUAAGAAGAACAUACGUCACUAGAAUUUUAUCAAUAGAUCAAUGAAUAAACUAGAAGACAAAAAUAGCUACGCCAUAGACAACGAAACACCUUGAUAUGCUUAGUCACGUGACACGAUUUUGUCUCUGGCAAUGAGUAGUAGUUAUUAACAUUAUCGCUUCCAAUUCCAUACAAACAACUUAUUUAAAGGUUAUUAUUUUUUUAAUAAACUUUACUGGCUUGGAAACAAAGCCCUUUAAGCCAAACAACUUGUAAAGACAAUGUGACUAUAGCAAACUAUGUGUAGGUAUAUCUAGUAUAAGAUGUUGAAGGAAUAUGAUUUUGUACAGCCCGACUAAGUUAUCUUCAGACUGAGAAAGCAAUCACUUUAAACUUAGUCAUUCUGCUGAAUUGACGUGACGUGAAGUGACGUUGAACUUAUAAUCAAUCAAGUCGAAAUGAGAAUGUCUGUAAUGUGAUCGGAAUUUACUUAAUCAUUUAAGAAACAAUCCGAGAAUUGAUUUUAGCAUACGUGAGAAUUGUUACAGAUGCUAAACUGUUAAAAAGCCACCAAUACUACAAGUUUGAUCCUCAAGAAACACUAAUAUAACAAAAUAAAAUAAUUCACACGACUUCGCUCCUAACGUUCCCGCCAAAAAACUCCUCCAUACUGGUUGUUUAGUAAUAUGAUGUCCAUAGAUAAUUUAGUAGGACUGUACUUUUUAAAAGUCAUGUUGUAUUCACCUACAUUCCGUAUAUAAUAUUUCUUAACAAUAUUUAUUAAUAUGUAUCAAAACGUAUCUAUAAGGUUUUUGUCUUAGAAAAAAACUAUGUAUUCAUUACAAGUUUUAGCAAAAAGUUUGAAUAUAAAUCUAAGUGAUUUCUACACUUCCUUCAACGAAAAUUGUUAUAAUCUAAAAGCUAACAAUAUUAAACAAAACUUUUACUUUUCGUAAUGUCAAGAAGUUCUAUGCGAGUCUCGUUUAAGUUGAAGAAAAUCUCACUAUUAUUAUAAAAAAGUAGCAUUUUUUGACAGAAUUUUCUGCCUACGAUUUGCUAAUGUUUGUUGUGGCAUGAAAUGAAUGUCUCUUUUUGUGACAGUAGUGUAGCAGCAGCUUAAAUUUAUUAAACAUAGUAUUUUAAAUUAAUGGCAACAAUACAUUAUGAAUGUUCAUUGCUUUUUAGGUAACUUAGGUUAGGGUUGCCAGUGACUUGAAUAAUCCACGGUUGAAUAAUAAUCGUAGCGCGAAUUCAAAUAAGAAGCAGCCCUCGACGAGUUAAAGGUUUUUAAAAAUCUCUUUAGUAAAUGAAUAUGAAAUCUUUUAAAUUAGAAUAGUUACAUUUUAAAAUCAAUGUAUUUGUCGGUUUGUAAACGUAGUGUUGAAUGUGAUUAGAAUUUCAAUAAAGAUUUACCAAAGAUA